AUGAAAUUUGUGUUUUGUUUUGGCCUGCUGAUUGGCCUGGUGGCGCUUUGUGGCAAUGUCAAGGCGCAGGGCACUCCAACAAGUCCGACGACGCCCACCACUCCGCCAACCAGUCCGACCACACCUACCACACCUCCAACGAGCCCAACCACGCCGCCGACGAGCCCAACAACACCCACCACGCCACCAACCAGCCCAACCAGCCCAACUACACCCACCACACCUCCAACUAGCCCCACAACACCAACCACUCCUCCAACUAGUCCAACAACGCCAGCUGAGACAACUCCAACAACAACGCAAGCAACUCCCAAGGCCUCCACUUUGUCCCCUGCAGAAAGAAGGAGGAGGAGGUUCCGCCGUCGUCGCAGGAUCGAACGCGAAGAAAGGAGAAGGCGUCAGAGGAGGAGACGUCAACGCAACCGCAGGCUACGUCGUAACGAAAACACUGGAAUUCGGCGAAAAGUUCAUAUCUUCCGCAGGAGAGAAGGUCUAAGGAGCGAAGCUUUUGAUGAUGAACUAUUUUGA